UGGUGUGUCGGAGAGUGAGAAACUUCCCUCACUUCUCCUCCCCUGCUUUCUUUCUCCUAAAUUCCCCUCGACACCUUUUUAUGUAACUCCUCUCAGCGGCAGGCAAAGCCACCAGUGCCUCCAUUAACAGGCGGGUACUGGUUGUGUUUUAGUUUUUUGUGUGUCGUAUCUCUGGUCUAUCCGACGCUUUGGAGAGGUUUCCUGCUGGUUCGUUCAGGACUUCGGGUGCAGCUGGAGUGACUCCACCAAGUUUCCCCCCCCAUUCUGCCUGAGGAAUGAUAGGACUGCUGGAGAGGAAGAGCCGAAACUCGCAUGUUUGAUUGAACAAAAGAACAGAAAGCAUGGAUAUUGCCGCCGAAAUGGAGGAACAUACCCUACCAGGAGCAACAUCUCCCCACUCCGAUCUCAACACAAACCCAACAAGGCCUGACCCGGAGGGCGAGAGCAGCCCUCCGAUGAUGGACACAGAGAGAAUGGAGUCUCCUGUUAAGAAAGAAACAGACCGUAGAUUGACUACCCCGACCAAAUCUGACGUCAUCCCCCGAACACCUGGGUCGCCUGCAUCUCCUAUUUCCAGGUUGAAAAGUCCUAAAGACCUCAUGAAGUCAGAAGACAGGCAGAAGCUUGCCAAGGAGCGGAGAGAGGAAAAGGCCAAAUAUCUUGAAGAGCUCAGCAUGUUACAAGCUGCUAAAAAGAACCAGUGGCUGGAGAAGGAGGAGAAGGCCCGGCAGCUGAGGGAUCAGCAGCUGGAGGAGCGCCGCAGGAAGCUGGAGGAACAGCGGAUCAAGGCGGAAAAACGAAGAGCCGCCCUGGAGGAGAGACAGAAACAGAAACUGGAGAAGAAUAAAGAGCGCUAUGAAGCGGCCAUCCACAGGUCAACCAAGAAGACGUGGGCAGAAAUCCGCCAGCAGAGAUGGUCCUGGGCCGGAGCGCUGAGCCAGAACUCCAGCCAGAAAGAGAGCAGAUGCUCACUGUCAACGGUCAACCUGCCCAAACACGUGGACUCUGUUAUAAACAAGCGACUGUCCAAGUCCUCCGCCACGCUCUGGAACUCGCCCAGCAGAACACGCAGCCUCGCACUGAGUCCCUGGGAGAGCAGUAUAGUGGACCGGCUGAUGACGCCAACGCUGUCUUUCCUCGCCAGGAGCCGCAGCGCUGCCAGUGUCCUCACUAAUGGCAAAGAUGGUCACUCUCCUCUUUGCCCUCGUUCUGCCUCCGCCAGUCCCCUCACGUUGUGCGCCCACCAGCCCCACCACCGCUGCUCCGACCGCUGGAGAGUGACGUCCAGCACACCCGACAUCACCCAGCGCCAACACAGACGCAGCUCCACACCUAUGGAUAAAAACAAGAAAGCAAAGAAAGACAAGGAACGGGAGAAUGAGAAGGAGAAAAGCGCUCUCAGUAAAGUGCUUAAAAAGAGACAGUCUCUACCAAGCAUGAGACACAGACCUGAUCCGAGUCCCAGUCCUUUAUCAAGACAAAGGCCAUCAUCCCCAGCCACGCCUAAGGACAGAGCUGGUUCUCCCAGCCCGGCUGCCUCCCCAAAACCUCCCUCAACACGUGGAAGCCCGUCCACUCCUAAAGGUCGGCCCAAAAGAGCCAGGACCCCUGCCAGGAUAGACCACCGCACCUCUUCCCCCGCCCCCCUGGAAAGAGUGAGGGAGCCUCGCAGGCCGUCUACUCCUGAACAGAGAAAGAGCUCCCCUGUGGUUCCUGCGAUCACAGUAGCCUCCGCCGCUGUCUCUCCCCAUGUGUCUGGCACGCCAGUUACAACCACAGCAGCCUCCCCGUCACCGGAGCCACUCCAUUCAGUCUCUACAUCAUCCCCUUCACCCUCUCCAUCACCCAAGCCCAUGGCAGGCACCAACGACGCAGAGGAGGCGGGUCGCAUCCUGGCAGAGAAACGCAGAGAGGCCAGGAAGCAGAGGGAGAGGGAGGAGCAGGAGCGCCGCGAGCAAGAGGAGAAGGAGAGGAUCUUGAGAGAGGAGAGAAUAGCGAGGGAGGCAGAGGAGAAUCGAGUCAGGGAGGAGGAGGCCCGCGCCAUGGCCGAGGAGCAGCGGAAGAGGGACGAAGCUCAGCAACUGCAGGACGAGAAGGACGCUCAGGAGAGGGCCAAAGCCGAGCAGGAGGAGAACCUGCGCCUGCAAAAACAGAAAGAAGAGGCUGAAGCUAAAGCCCGGGAGGAGGCGGAGAAGCAGCGUCUGGAGAGGGAGAAACACUUCCAGAAGGAGGAGCAGGAGAGGCUGGAGAGGAAAAAGCGUCUGGACGAGAUCAUGAAGAGGACACGCAAGACAGAUGGAGGCGAGAAGAAAGAGACAAAGUCAUCGCCUCCCACAAACGUCAAUGACAAAGAGGCAGAGAGCAGCAAAGCAUCUGCUGAGUAUCAGCCAAAGCCAGAGGUCAACCUUCCCAAUAACAAGACAGAAAAUGGACAGACCAACAUCAAAGAAAGCAGCCCCUCAGUGCAAGUGGUCAAUGGGGUCCAGCCUUCGAGACAUGAAAAUGGGCUGUCCUCUAAAGGAGACUCGGCCCAUUAUGGAGAUAUCAUCCAUCUCGCAAAUCACGGCAACUCCACCAACGGAGCUCGGGAUAACUCUGAGACCAGCAUGGCCCCCGAGCAGAUCCUCACGUUUGAUAGUGAGGAGUCAUUCAUGAAGAAGGCCGGCCCCAUGAAGCCUCAGCAUGUUGCAGAGGUCCUGUGACAUGUUCCAGUGUGGAAGUGCUCGUCGCCUUAGGCCGCUGACCUUUCCGCUGCCCUGCCAACGCUGUCCCGGGGAGCCCUGCGACCUGUGCCAAACCUUUUUUUAAAGCCCCCAAAACAAACACAUUCUCUCUGAAGACGAAGAGGGCCACGGAAGACGAAGACCAAGCGUUAGGGCGCAAAAGCAGAAGACUAAAUGGGAUGAAAGGAGUUGCAACACAUCGUUAACAUUUGCAAAAGAUCUAAUGUGGCACCGAACAGUAUCAUCCGUUGUACAAAGCACAGCUGAGUAAUGAUUACAAUAGGCUGAAGUGUUUUUUUUUUUCUUUAGUUAUUUAACUGAAAGAGACAUAUAAAAGACUGGGUACAUUCUUGUGAAUAAUGUAAAUUAACUUUGUGUGAUGGACUAAGGAGGGACCCGUCUGUAGGUUAAAGUCAUAUGAAAGGGAGUCAUUUUAAUGCUACUCUGCAAGUGAAACCCAGGCAUGAUGCUUCCUGGUCUGUAUAAAGCCACCUGUAACAGUUUUUGUAAAGUUAAAAUGCAAGUUCACGUGCAACAGCUUCUUACUAUGUGUGGUGAUACUGUCUGUGCAAACCUCAGCUAUGAUUGAUUGUACACACAACUGGAUGUAAAAAUGUGUACAACACUCACUAUUAAGUAACCAGAAGUCAUUUAAGGUCAAAUCCCUAUGAAUUUACUCCACUCUUAAAACAGUUCAAUCUGUUUUCUUUCUCAUGUACAAAAAUGACAUCGUCUUCUCUCAUUCUACAGUGAGAUUUCAUGGAGUCAUGUGUAUUUGAAAUGCUGGUGCGUGUAUAUGCGAUAAUUAUUUUGAUGUGCGUUACAAGGUCAGUGGGAGCUCUUUAAGUCUCAUUAAAGACAAACUGUCCAGUC